CGAAAAUGCCCGCAGCGGAAGAAAAGGUGGGCGGAGGUCGACGGAGAAAACUCACAAAAGCAACUCGACAAAGAAAAGAUAGAGAGAGAUAGCAAGCGAGCGAGAGAGAGAGAGAGAGAGUUGCUAUCUUACCCCAUCUUCCGAGCCUUCCUUCUACUAGAGCUCCAAAAGCUCAAAAUUUUUACUCCGAAUCAAAACUUAUUACCCUCGUCCCCUUUCCCUGGGCGCAAUGCUCCCCUUUUCUUCUCUGUUCUGGAUCUGAAACCCUCCAGCUACCAAUCCGAUGCCAUCGCACUCUUCCUUCCCAUUUUCCCAUCUAUUAUCUGAAUCUAGGGAUUAGGGCUUAGGAUUUCAGGCCUUUUCUCUAUUUAUCACUGUCAAAACCCUUGCAAUGAAGGUGCCGUGCUGUUCGGUUUGUCACUUGAGGUACAACGAGGAGGAGCGAGUACCGUUACUUCUCAACUGCGGGCAUGGAUUCUGUAAAUCGUGCCUCUCCCGCAUGUUCGCGGCUUCAACGGACACCACCCUCUCUUGCCCUCGUUGCCGUCACCCGACCGUCGUCGGGAACAGCGUUCAUGCCCUCCGAAAGAAUUUCCCUAUCCUUUCCCUGCUCUCUUCAUCCCCAUCUUCCCCGUCGUUUGAGUGCGACUUCACUGACGGAGAAGACGCUAGUGUCGCUGCCGCGACGGAGGACGACGAGCCUGCUGACAGCGAGGACGAUGAUGACUACUUCGGCUCUCGCAGCCGUCGCCGCCGUGGCCGACUAUCCCGCCCUUCGGUUUCUGGAUGCUGCUCGAGCUCCGCGGGCGCUUCAUGUAGUCCCAUUGACCUUAGCUCGCACCAUGACCUCAAACUACUGCGCCUGCUAGGAGAAGGCAGGACUGGGCAGGAGACUUGGUCUGCAGUGCUCUAUGGCAGCUCGUCUGUUUCCAGUGGUGCUCCUUCUGGUUCUGGUGGGCGGUGCAGGCACCAGGUUGCGGUAAAGAGGGUGCCAAUAACGGAUGAUAUGGAUGUCGUUUGGGUGCAGACCAGGCUGGAUAGCUUGAGGCGUGCCUCAAUGUGGUGUAGGAAUGUUUGCACAUUCCAUGGAGCACUCCGUUCUGAUGGGUAUCUCUCUCUCAUCAUGGAUAGAUACAACAGCUCUGUUCUAGCUGAGAUGCAACAGAACAAAGGGAGGCUAACGUUGGAACAGAUUCUAAGAUAUGGGGCAGACAUUGCACGUGGUGUGGCAGAACUUCAUGCAGCAGGUGUUAUUUGUAUGAAUUUGAAGCCAUCAAAUCUUCUAUUGGAUUCAAAUGGGCGGGCAGUGGUUUCUGAUUAUGGGCUUCCUGAGAUUCUGAAGAAACCUUGCAAGAAAGCUCGAUCUCUUCCUGAGGAAAGCUCUUUAAAGAUGCACUCAUGCAUGGAUUGCACAAUGUUAAGUCCACAUUACACAGCUCCAGAGGCAUGGGAACCUCUGAAAAAGUCGUUGAAUUUAUUUUGGGAUGAUGCUGUUGGUAGUGUAUCUGGGGAGUCUGAUGCUUGGAGUUUUGGAUGCACCUUAGUUGAAAUGUGUACUAGUUUUGUUCCAUGGUCUGGCUUGGGCUCAGAGGAAAUUCAUCGUGCUGUUGUCAAAGCAAGGAGCUUGCCUCCACAAUAUGCAAGUGUGGUUGGUGUUGGAAUUCCUAGGGAGUUGUGGAAGAUGAUUGGAGAGUGUCUGCAGUUUAAAGCUUCAAAGAGACCUACUUUCCAUGCAAUGUUAGCAAUAUUUCUUCGGCACUUGCAAGGGAUUCCUAGGAGUCCACCUCCUAGUCCUGAGAAUAGUGUCAUGAAGAUUGCUUCAACAAAUGCUAUAGAACCAUCCCCUACAUCUGUAUUAGAGGUUUUUCAGGUUAAUCCUAACAUCUUACACAGACUUGUAUCAGAAGGGGACUUAUCUGGUGUCAGAGAAUUUCUUUCAAGGGCAGCAUCAAAAGGUGAUAGCAAUGCAGUUUGUUCUUUACUAGAGUCACAGAAUGCUGAUGGCCAUACUGCCUUGCAUUUAGCGUGCAAGCAGGGCUCUGCUGAACUUGUUGAAGCAAUUUUGGCAUACAAAGAAGCCGAUGUGGAUAUUUUAGAUAAAGAUGGUGAUCCGCCCCUUGUGUUUGCGUUAGCAUCUGGUUCUUAUGAGUGUGUUUGCGCUCUCAUCAGUAGAUCUGCUAAUGUAACUCAUAGGCUUAGGGAAGGUUUUGGUCCUUCAAUAGCUCAUGUUUGUGCUUUUCAUGGUCAACCAGAAUGUAUGCGUGAGUUGUUGUUGGCUGGAGCUGAUCCCAAUGCUGUUGAUGAUGAAGGUGAAUCUGUUCUGCAUAGAGCUAUUGCCAAGAGGUACUCCGAUUGUGCUAGAGUCAUAUUGGAGAAUGGAGGUUGCAGAUCCAUGAGUAUUUUAAAUUCCCAAAGAAAGACGCCUCUGCACUUGUGCAUAGAGUCAUGGAAUGUGGCUGUUGUCAGAAGGUGGGUGGAAGUUGCAUCACGUGAAGAGAUUGAUGAAGCUAUUGACAUUCCUAGUCCUGCUGGAACGGCAUUGUGUAUGGCUGCCGCUCUUAAAAAGGACCGUGAAGCUGAGGGUCGAGAAUUGGUAAGAAUAUUACUUGCUGCUGGCGCAGAUCCAGUAGCGCAAGAUGAACUGCAUGGCCGAACGGCCUUACAUAUAGCUGCUAUGGUUAAUGAUGCAGAGCUGGUAAAGAUUAUUCUCGACACAGGUGUUGAUGUCAACAUAAGGAAUGUUCAAAAUACAACACCACUUCAUGUUGCUCUCAACCGAGGUGCAAACCAAUGCAUUGAUUUACUUUUAUCAGCUGGAGCGGACUGCAAUUUGCAGGAUGAUGAUGGUGAUAAUGCUUUUCAUAUAGCUGCUGAUGCAGCGAAGAUGAUACGAGAAAAUCUUAAUUGGAUUGUUGUUAUGCUACAGUAUCAUGAUGCAGAUGUGGAAGUUAGAAACCACAGAGGCUGGAAAUUGCGUGAUUUUCUGGAAGCCCUUCCUCGAGAAUGGAUAUCCGAAGAUUUGAUGGAAGCACUUGCAAGUAAAGGAGUUCAUCUAUCCCCAACCAUGUAUGAAGUUGGAGACUGGGUAAAGUUCCGGAGAAAUCUUAGCACUCCUAAAUACGGUUGGCAAGAUGCAAAGCACAAGAGUGUAGGUUUUGUGCAGUCCAUUCUGGACAAUGAUAAUCUUGUUGUUUCAUUUUGCUCUGGGGAGGCUCAUGUCUUGAAAGAUGAGGUUAUAAAAAUCAUCCCUUUAAAUAGGGGACAGCAUGUACAACUAAAAGCUGAUGUUGGAGAGCCAAGGUUUGGUUGGCGUCGUCAAUCACGUGAUAGUAUCGGAACUGUUCUCUGUGUCGAUGAUGAUGGAAUUCUUCGAGUUGGUUUUCCUGGAGCCUCCAGGGGUUGGAGAGCUGAUCCUGCUGAAAUGGAAAGGGUUGAAGAAUUUAAGGUCGGUGAAUGGGUGAGGAUUCGCCCCUCAUUAACAGCUGCCAUACAUGGUUUAGAAGCUGUCACUCCAGGGAGCAUAGGAAUAGUAUACUCAAUCAGACCGGAUUGCAGUCUUUUACUGGGUCUUUGUUAUUUGCCGAGCCCAUGGCAUUGUGAACCAGAGGAAGUAGAGACUGUUGACCCAUUCAGGAUUGGUGAUCAAGUAUGUGUGAAGAGAUCUGUUGGAGAACCUAGAUAUGCUUGGGGUGGUGAGACUCAUCACAGUGUUGGAAAAAUAACUGACAUAGAGAGUAAUUGUUUGCUCAUAAUCGAAAUUCCAAAUCGUUCGAGUCCUUGGCAAGCUGAUCCUUCUGAUAUGGAGAAGGUAGAGAGUUUCAAGGUGGGGAACUGGGUAAGAGUCAAGGCCUCGGUACCUUCUCCGAAAUAUGGUUGGGAAGAUGUUUCCCGUAACAGCAUUGGGAUAAUUCAUAGCCUUGAGGAUGAUGGCGAUAUGGGUGUUGCCUUUUGCUUUAGAAGCAAACCUUUCAGUUGUUCGGUGGCCGACAUGGAGAAGGUGCCUCCAUUUGAAAUAGGACAAAAGAUUCAUAUUAUGCCUAACAUAUCACAGCCAAAACUUGGAUGGUCUAAUGAAACUGCUGCUACAAUUGGGAAGAUUGAAAGGGUAGACAUGGAUGGAACACUAAAUCUAAGGGUUGCUGGUAGGAGCAGUUUGUGGAAAGUUGCUCCAGGUGAUGCCGAGCGGCUUUCCGGAUUUGAAGUUGGAGAUUGGGUUCGACUGAAGCCUAGUUUAGGAUCAAGGCCAUCAUAUGACUGGAAUAGUAUAGGAAAGGAUAGCAUAGCUGUGGUUCAUAGCAUUCAAGAUUCUGGAUAUUUAGAACUUGCAGGUUGCUUCAGGAAAGGAAAAUGCGUGGCACAUUACAUGGAUGUUGAGAAGGUUCCGUGUUUGAAAGUCGGGAAUUAUGUUCGAUUUCGCAGUGGAAUUGUAGAGCCUCGAUGGGGCUGGAGGGAUGCUAAUCAUGAGUCCACUGGAAUCAUUACUGGGGUUCAUGCUGAUGGUGAAGUAAGGGUAGCCUUUUUCGGCAUGGCUGGACUUUGGAAGGGAGACCCUGCAGAUCUUGAGAAGGAAGAUAUAUUUGAGGUUGGUGACUGGGUGAAGCUCAGAAAUAAUGCUUCUGUCUGGAGAUCCUUGAAACCUGGAAGCACAGGUAUAGUACAUGGAUUAGAAUAUGAAUCAGAAAUCUGGAAUGGAAAAGUGCAGGUCGCCUUCUGUGGAGAGCAAGACCGGUGGGUGGGACCUUCGGUUGAACUUGAAAGGUUUGAUAAGCUUGUUGCAGGUCAGCGUGUGAGGAUUAUGAGAAGCAUUAAGCAACCGAGGUUUGGCUGGUCGGGUCAUAGCCAUGCGAGUAUCGGAACUAUAUCUUCCAUCGAUGCAGAUGGAAAGCUUAGGAUCUACACUCCAGCUGGAUCAAAGGCAUGGAUGAUGGACCCGGCAGAGGUGGAUAGAGUCGAGGAAGAGGAAGUUUGUGUCGGCGACUGGGUGAGAGUUAGAGCGACAGUCACAACACCUACUUAUCAGUGGGGGGAUGUAAACCCAUCGAGUAUCGGAGUUGUACAUCGGGCUGAGGAUGGCGAGCUUUGGGUUUCUUUUUGUUUCUCUGAGAAGCUAUGGAUUUGUAAGGAAUGUGAGGUAGAGAAAGUCAGAGCCUUCCAGGUUGGCGAUAAGGUGAGGAUUAGACCUGGUUUGAAAAUGCCCAGAUGGGGUUGGGGAAUGGAGACAUUUUCUAGUACUGGUGAAGUUAUGGGAGUAGAUGCUAAUGGUAAAUUAAGAAUAAGAUUCAGAUGGAGGGAUGGAAGAUUAUGGAUAGGUGAUCCUGCUGAAAUAAUUCUUGAUGAAAAUCCAGUGGAAAAUCAAAAGUAACAACUGCAGCUUGUAGGAUUCUUCUUCUUAAUUCUUUAGUUGUCCAUUUGCUACAGAUUUUUUUUUUUUUUAUAAUUUCUGUAUCAAUAUAAUGUUAAUAUAUUGACCUUUGAAGCUGGGCUUGAAGGGUUAGCAGGUGCAGAUUCAAGCUAAUUGCCAUUGGAGAUUGAAUUAAUCUGCACCGAGGAUAGAAGGUUGAUGAUUCAGGUACCUACUACUGUUUGUAUUUAUGUAUUAACUACAAGAGCUAUUUAACAUUGGACUGUAUGAUCAUGUAUAUGUACAGGUUCCCGUAGGCCUGUAUGUUCAAUAACAACUUUAUUUUAUUUUUUGUGAUAUUUGUUUAUUUGUUCUCAACUUUCAUAGCUCAGAGAUAUGCUUCAAUUUAACUUAAA